UGCCUCUCAAAUGCAGGACCAAAUUAUAGUUUGUGUCUUGGGUGGUCUUGAUAUGCUCACUUAGAGAGAGAACCAAAAAAAAAGAAUUAGGGAGCUAGAAUCUAGAUAUGACAGAACCAUUAGCUAGAUCUCUUUGUAAACUUCUGCUGCUCUUUUGUGUCAUAGAUGGAAUUCAAUGCAGAUUCCAAAUCCCCAAGCUUUCUGUGAAUGAAAUUGUUGGUGAGAAGCUUCCUCAGCAACAAAAGACAUUAAGAGUUGAGCUUGUUCAUAGAGAUUCAUUAUCUCCCAAUAUUACAGCCACAGAACGUCUGAAAAGAGCCAUAGAAAGAAGUCAUGAGAGGCUACAAAAAUUUCAGCUCUCUCAUUCAUAUCAUGACAAGUUGGUGGAUGAUAUCAAAGAUGCUCAAGGUCGUGUAAGUGCAGGAAAUGGAGAAUUCCUUCUGAAAGUCUCAAUUGGCAGCCCUGCUUUGUCCUACUCUGCAAUUCUGGACACAGGGAGUGACUUAACAUGGACCCAAUGCAAGCCAUGUGUUGAAUGUUACAAACAGCCCACUCCAAUCUUUGAUCCUUCCAAGUCCUCUACAUUUAGUACAAUCCCUUGUACAAGUUCUCUGUGUCAGGCUCUUCCAUCAUCUAUAUGCUCUAAAUCACAGUGUGAAUAUCUCUACACUUAUGGUGACUAUUCCUCCACUCAGGGUAUCCUUUCAUAUGAGUCAUUCACCCUUUCUUCUGAAAAGCUUCCCCAUAUUGCAUUUGGCUGUGGCCUAGACAAUGAAGGAAGUGGGUUCUCUCAAGGAGGUGGUCUUAUAGGUUUUGGAAGGGGGCCCUUAUCAUUCAUUUCACAGAUUGGUAGCUCUGUGGGCAACAAAUUUUCUUAUUGUCUUAUGUCCAUUAAUGACCCUCCUUCUAAAACUAGUCCUUUGAUCCUAGGGACAAGUGCAGGCCUUAGUAGCAAGUCUGUGGGCACUACUCCUCUUCUCCAAAACAGUGCACAGAAAACCUUCUAUUAUCUUUCCCUAGAAGGAAUAAGCAUUGGGUCCAAGUUAUUAGACAUCCCUGCUGAUACUUUUAGUUUUCAGUCUGAUGGGUCUGGUGGAAUCAUCAUAGACUCUGGAACAACCAUCACUUAUUUAGAGCAGAGUGGUUAUGAUGUUCUGAAGAAAGGAUUGCAGUCUGCAGUUAAGCUUCCAGAGGCUGAUGGUUCUGCAAUUGGAUUGGACCUCUGCUAUACUUCUGCAGCCGCUACUGCAAAAUUUCCCAGUUUUAUUUUCCAUUUCAAAGGAGCUGAUUAUGUUUUACCCAAGGAGAAUUACUUGAUUGAGGAUACCAGUGGUCUUGUCUGCCUUGCAAUGUUACCCAGCUCAGGCCUCUCUAUAUUUGGGAAUGUUCAACAGCAGAAUGUUCAUAUCCUUUACGACCUUGAGAAAAAUACCUUGUCCUUUGCUCCCACUGUUUGCGAUAGCCUGUAAGCAAUAGCAUGGAUAGCCUAUGUAAAUUUUCAUGCAAGAAAUAUAUCCUACCUGCAGUAAGUCUUCCUACUAUAAGAAAUCUACGUGUACUUCUAUGUUUGUACUGAAUCCUUAUUGUUCAUUGAUUUGGUACCUAUAUGUACUGUAGAUAUAGUUAGUUUUUGUAAUUUCAUAUUGCUGGAGCUGACAACAUCUGGAACUGCUUAAUAAGCACUAAACAGAAGUGAUGUAGAAUCAGUUGUGCAGUCACAUCAUCUAAUAUAUGGCCUACUUGCUUUGGUAUC